AUCUGUCUGUUUAUACUGAGUUGUUCUGUAAGAAAUUACCAUGUUAAUAUACCUGUUGUUGUUUGUGUUAAUGUCUGAAUAGUUAUAAACAAAGCCCACCAAGAUUGUGCAGCUAUUUCUGUAUUAGCCUUUGUUUUAACUUGAAACAACUCCCUGAGGAAAAGCCCUCUUGUUAAUAAGGAGAAGUUCGCAAGUGGCUUUUUGAUGUUAGUUAGACGGUUGGAAUUUUAAUUAGGCAUGUAGUGGGAGAGUGGCUCGAAAAUUUAAGCUCUAUGAAUAUGAAUCAAGCGAGUAUGGUUUAUUAUUUUGCGCGAUUGCUGUUUGUUGUAGCUGUGACUUGUAGAUACUGAUAGUACUUUAAUCUUCUCACAUGAUACGUCUAUACAUACUAAUUCGAUUGUAUAUGCGUUUUAAUAGUUUAUCAUUUUGUAUGCUGAUGUAACGCAGUUUUGUGGAUUUGUAAAUCGAAAAGCUGUCUAGCGUUUAAGUGGUUCUGUUCUGAGGAGGCACAAGUUAUACUAUCAUGGGUAUUUCUUCAGAAGCAUUUCUUCAGGUUCUUUCUGCACCGGCAACUCGCUUAUACCAUAAAGAUUUUUGCUAUGGAAACUCGAAUGUGUUUGUCCCGGAUAGAGAUAGAAGAGGAAGAGGGUGCAGGUUUACCCAGUCUAGAAAAGUGAAUUUUAAAAACUUCACUGGGAUCUUUGCAAGUAUCCGUCCUGAUGGGAUGAAUCAUAAGAAGAAAAAAAUAAACAAUUUAGAAGGUUUAACUUGCAAAUGCGGACGGGCAGAAGGUGUUAGUGAGGCAGCCGCUGAGGAGUUAAGAAAAACAUUGAUUGGUGGCAUGAAUAAUUCAGAUGUUUCAUGUUUUGAAUCUGCUCAGCACUUGAAAAGUGAAAACGGUGGUGUCUUUUCUACUAGUGAUUUAGGGACACCUGGGACAAUUCAUAGUAAUUUAAAUGGGGUUAAAGAUUCUUUUGAAGAUGAAGCAUGGGACUUGUUGCGAGCAUCAAUGGUAUAUUAUUGUGGUAAUCCUAUUGGAACAAUCGCAGCUAAUGAUCCAAAUGAUUCCAGCAUUCUCAACUAUGAUCAGGUCUUCAUACGUGACUUCAUACCUUCUGGGCUGGCCUUCCUUUUAAAAGGAGAGUUUGAUAUUGUACGAAACUUCAUCCUCCAUACCCUUCAGUUGCAGAGUUGGGAAAAAACAAUGGAUUGCCAUAGUCCAGGUCAAGGACUGAUGCCUGCUAGUUUUAAAGUGCGGACAGUUCCACUUGACGGUGAUGAUUCUGCAACAGAAGAUGUUCUGGAUCCUGACUUCGGCGAGGCAGCAAUUGGUCGCGUUGCACCAGUUGAUUCUGGAUUGUGGUGGAUUAUAUUGUUACGAGCAUAUGGAAAAUGUUCGGGGGACCGUUCUGUUCAGGAAAGGGUUGACGUGCAAACUGGAAUCAAAAUGAUCUUAAAGUUGUGUCUUGCUGAUGGCUUUGAUAUGUUUCCUACUUUAUUGGUGACAGAUGGUUCUUGUAUGAUAGAUCGUCGUAUGGGAAUUCAUGGCCAUCCUUUGGAAAUUCAGGCACUAUUCUAUUCGGCAUUACUUUCUGCACGUGAGAUGCUUGCUCCUGAGGAUGGAUCAACUGACCUUAUAACAGCAUUGAAUAACCGUUUAGUUGCAUUACCGUUCCAUAUCAGGGAGUAUUAUUGGACUGAUAUGAAAAAGCUAAAUGAAAUCUACCGUUACAAGACUGAAGAAUAUUCCUAUGAUGCUGUUAACAAGUUCAAUAUUUACCCUGAUCAAAUUCCUCCUUGGCUGGUUGAGUGGAUGCCCAAUAAAGGUGGCUAUUUGAUUGGAAAUUUGCAGCCAGCUCACAUGGAUUUUCGCUUCUUUUCUCUUGGAAAUUUAUGGUCAAUAAUUAGCAGCCUUGCAACAACAGAACAAUCACAUGCUAUAUUGGAUCUGAUAGAAGCCAAAUGGGCAGAAUUAGUAGCUGAUAUGCCACUGAAGAUAUGUUAUCCUGCUCUUGACGGCGAGGAAUGGCGAAUUGUUACAGGCAGUGAUCCUAAGAACACGCCUUGGUCUUACCAUAACGGUGGCUCCUGGCCUACUUUGCUUUGGCAGCUCACGGUGGCAUGCAUAAAGAUGAAUAGGCCUGGAAUUGCUGAAAAUGCAGUGAAGAUUGCAGAAAGGCGCCUAUCCAGGGACAAGUGGCCAGAGUAUUAUGACACCAGGCGUGGAAGAUUAAUCGGGAAACAGGCACGCCUCUUCCAAACCUGGUCAAUUGCAGGAUAUCUUGUAGCAAAACUUCUCCUUGCCAAACCGGAGGCAGCAAAUAUCCUUGUAAAUCUAGAGGACACUGAGCUAGUAAAUGCAUUUUCUUGCAUGCUUAGUUCCAAUCCUAGGAGAAAGCGUUCUCGGAUGGGAGUGAAAAAGAGCUACAUUAUUUGAGCAAAUGCAAAUGACCACCAUAAUUUCUGAAGCAUCAUGUGCUCAAAUCACAGUAUCAACUAUCAUUAAGUUUAAUUACUUGUAACACGUUUUUGCAACUUAUGGUCAGAAAUCGCUUUUCUUU